ACUGGUAUAGGGGAUACCUCAUAAAGCACAAAAUGUUGCAGGGCAUUUUUCCUAAGUCCUUUAUCCACAUCAAGGAAGUGACCAUUGAAAAAAGAAGAAAUAUUGAGAACAUCAUUCCUGCAGAAAUUCCUCUGGCACAAGAAGUGACGACGACACUUUGGGAAUGGGGCAGCAUCUGGAAACAGCUCUACGUGGCCAGCAAAAAGGAGCGCUUCCUCCAGGUGCAGGCCAUGAUGUACGACCUGAUGGAGUGGCGGUCCCAGCUUCUCUCAGGAACGCUGCCCAAGGACGAGCUGAAGGAACUGAAGCAGAAAGUCACGUCCAAAAUCGACUACGGCAACAAAAAAAUGCAUACAGUGGGGGCUUCUUCCCUCACCUUCAUCUUGGGUUCACUUUCUUGAACAGAAGAGAGCACUGGGGCCACCUCCUAACAGGAAAUGUCAAAAUGGUCAGUUCUCCAAAACAAAUGGUCUGCUGUCCUGUGGGGGGCAGCCCUCCUGAUGCUGAGUCGUGGGAAUCCAGGCAGCCCUGCCCCUCGACUACUAAAGCUCCCAGCUUCAAAAUCCUUGAGCUUGAUCUGAUUGUCCGAGAUGAAGAUGGAAAUAUCUUGGACCCUGAUAACACCAGUGUCAUCAGCUUGUUCCAUGCACACCAGGAAGCAACUGAGAAAAUCACAGAGCGUAUCAAGGAAGAAAUGUCAAAAGAUCAGCCAGAUUAUGGAUUGUCUUCCCGGAUCUCCUCAUCCCCUACCCACAGCCUCUAUGUCUUUGUGAGAAACUUUGUGUGCAGAAUUGGGGAAGACUCUGAGCUCUUCAUGUCUCUCUAUGACCCCAACAAGCAAGCCGUCAUAAGUGAGAACUACCUGGUGCGAUGGGGCAGCAAGGGCUUCCCGAAGGAGGUCGAGAUGCUCAACAACCUGAAGGUGGUCUUCACGGAUCUUGGAAACAAAGACCUCAACAGGGAUAAAAUUUACUUGAUUUGUCAAAUAGUCCGAGUUGGGAAGAUGGAUCUGAAGGACACUAAUACGAAGAAGUGCACACAGGGACUGAGGCGGCCCUUUGGGGUGGCAGUUAUGGAUAUAACAGACAUUGUCAAGGGGAAAGCAGAGAGUGACGAAGAAAAGCAGCACUUCAUUCCUUUCCACCCGGUGACAGCAGAGAAUGACUUCCUGCACAGUCUGUUGGGCAAAGUCACGACCUUCAAGGGAGACAGCGGAGGGCAAGGCCUCUGGGUGACCAUGAAGAUGCUCGUGGGGGACAUAAUUCAGAUCCGCAAGGACUACCCCCACCUGGUGGACAGGACGACCGUAGUGGCAAGGAAGCUGGGCUUCCCCGAGAUCAUCAUGCCAGGGGAUGUCAGAAACGACAUCUACAUCACUCUCCUACAAGGCGACUUUGACAAGUACAACAAGACCACACAGAGGAACAUGGAAGUGAUCAUGUGUGUGUGCGCGGAGGAUGGCAAAACGUUGUCUAAUGCAAUCUGCGUGGGAGCAGGGGACAAGCCUAUGAGUGAAUAUCGGUCCGUAGUGUACUAUCAAGUCAAACAGCCACGGUGGAUGGAAACAGUCAAGGUGGCUGUCCCCAUUGAAGACAUGCAGAGGAUCCAUCUGCGAUUCAUGUUUCGACAUCGGUCAUCCCUGGAAUCUAAAGAUAAAGGAGAAAAGAACUUCGCCAUGUCCUACGUGAAGCUGAUGAAGGAAGAUGGGACCACUCUGCAGGACGGAUACCAUGACCUGGUUGUCCUAAAGGGGGACAGCAAGAAGAUGGAGGAUGCCAGCGCCUACCUGACUCUGCCUUCAUAUCGGCACCACAUGGAAAACAAGGGGGCCACACUGAGUCGAAGCUCCAGCAGUGUUGGGGGGCUCUCCGUCAGCUCCCGGGAUGUGUUUUCCAUUUCCACCCUAGUGUGCUCCACAAAGCUCACCCAGAACGUGGGCUUGCUGGGUUUGCUAAAGUGGCGAAUGAAGCCUCAACUACUGCAGGAGAAUUUAGAGAAAUUGAAGAUUGUGGAUGGAGAGGAGGUGGUGAAGUUUCUCCAAGAUACUCUGGAUGCCCUCUUCAACAUCAUGAUGGAGCAUUCUCAGAGUAACGAGUAUGACAUCCUCGUCUUUGAUGCUUUGAUCUACAUAAUUGGACUCAUUGCUGACCGGAAAUUCCAGCAUUUCAACACCGUUCUGGAGGCUUACAUUCAACAGCAUUUCAGUGCUACCUUGGCUUACAAGAAACUGAUGACAGUGCUGAAGACUUACUUGGAUACCUCCAGCAGAGGGGAGCAGUGUGAGCCGAUCCUCAGAACCCUCAAAGCUCUGGAAUAUGUGUUCAAGUUCAUCGUUCGGUCGAGGACAUUGUUUUCUCAGCUUUACGAAGGCAAAGAACAGAUGGAGUUUGAAGAAUCCAUGAGGCGGCUCUUUGAAUCCAUCAACAACCUGAUGAAAAGUCAAUACAAAACCACCAUCCUUUUGCAGGUGGCGGCUUUGAAAUACAUCCCAUCUGUCCUCCAUGAUGUGGAAACGGUCUUUGAUGCGAAGUUACUCAGCCAACUCCUGUAUGAGUUCUAUACCUGCAUCCCCCCCGUGAAACUCCAGAAGCAGAAAGUCCAGUCCAUGAACGAGAUAGUCCAAAGCAACCUCUUUAAAAAGCAAGAAUGCCGGGACAUCCUGCUGCCUGUCAUCACCAGAGAGCUGAAAGAGCUGCUCGAGCAGAAGGACGAUGGGUCCCAGCAUCAGCUGCAGGAGAAGAAGUUCUGCGUGGAGCUACUCAACAGUAUUCUGGAGGUGCUCAGCUCUCAGGAUGCGGCCUUCACCUACCACCACAUCCAAGAGAUCAUGGUCCAGCUGCUUCGCACGGUGAACCGGAUGGUCAUCACGAUGGGGCGGGAUCACCAACUGAUUAGUCACUUUGUGGCAUGUAUGACAGCAAUCUUACACCAGAUGGGCGACCAGCACUACUCCUUUUACAUUGAGACCUUCCAGUCCAGCUCCGAGCUCGUGGACUUCUUGAUGGAGACAUUCAUCAUGUUCAAGGACCUCAUUGGGAAGAACGUGUAUCCCUCAGACUGGAUGGCCAUGAGCAUGGUUCAGAACAGGGUCUUCCUGAGAGCCAUCAACAAGUUUGCAGAAAUCAUGAACCAGAAGUUCCUGGAACAUACGAACUUUGAGUUCCAGCUGUGGAAUAACUAUUUUCAUCUGGCGGUGGCUUUUAUCACCCAGGAUUCCCUGCAGCUGGAGCAGUUCUCACACGCCAAGUACAACAAAAUCCUGAAUAAGUACGGGGACAUGCGGCGGCUAAUUGGCUUCUCCAUCCGCGAUAUGUGGUACAAGCUUGGCCAGAACAAGAUCUGCUUCAUCCCGGGCAUGGUCGGCCCUAUACUAGAGAUGACACUCAUCCCCGAGGCCGAGCUCCGCAAAGCCACCAUCCCCAUCUUCUUCGACAUGAUGCUGUGUGAAUAUCAAAAGAGUGGGGAUUUCAAAAAGUUUGAAAACGAAAUCAUCCUCAAGCUGGACCACGAGGUGGAAGGCGGCCGAGGGGACGAGCAGUACAUGCAACUGCUGGAGUCCAUCCUGAUGGAGUGUGCUGCCGAGCACCUGACCAUUGCCAAGUCCGUGGCGAACUUCGUGAACCUGGUCAAAGGCCUCCUGGAGAAACUGCUGGACUACAGGGGCGUGAUGACGGAUGAGAGCAAAGACAACCGCAUGAGUUGCACCGUGAACCUGCUGAAUUUCUACAAAGAUAACAAUCGGGAAGAGAUGUACAUAAGGUACCUGUACAAACUCCGCGAUCUUCACCUGGACUGUGACAACUACACGGAGGCUGCCUACACGCUCCUUCUCCACACUUGGCUUCUCAAGUGGUCAGAUGAGCAGUGUGCCUCACAGGUCAUGCAGACAGGCCAGCAGCACCCCCAGACCCACCGCCAGCUGAAGGAGACGCUGUAUGAGAUCAUCAUAGGUUACUUUGACAAAGGAAAGAUGUGGGAGGAGGCCAUCAGCCUGUGCAAGGAGCUGGCGGAGCAGUACGAGAUGGAGAUCUUUGACUACGAGCUGCUCAGCCAGAACCUGGUCCAGCAGGCGAAGUUCUAUGAAAACAUCAUGAAAAUCCUCAGACCCAAGCCAGACUACUUUGCCGUCGGGUACUAUGGCCAGGGCUUCCCCACCUUCCUGCGGAACAAAGUGUUCAUCUACCGAGGGAAGGAGUACGAGCGGAGGGAAGACUUCCAGAUGCAGCUCAUGAGCCAGUUCCCCAACGCGGAGAAGAUGAACACAACCUCUGCCCCCGGGGACGAGGUGAAGAACGCCCCAGGCCAGUAUAUCCAGUGUUUCACCGUCCAGCCCGUCUUGGAUGAACACCCCAGGUUCAAGAAUAAGCCGGUGCCUGACCAGAUUAUAAACUUUUACAAAUCCAACUACGUGCAAAGGUUCCACUACUCCCGGCCGGUGCGCAGGGGGACAGUCGACCCCGAGAACGAGUUUGCCUCCAUGUGGAUUGAGAGAACCUCCUUCGUGACCGCGUACAAGCUUCCGGGGAUCCUGCGCUGGUUUGAGGUGGUCCACAUGUCCCAGACCACCAUCAGCCCCCUGGAGAACGCCAUCGAAACCAUGUCCACAGCCAAUGAGAAGAUCCUGAUGAUGAUCAACCAGUACCAGAGUGACGAGAGCCUCCCCAUUAACCCGCUGUCCAUGCUGCUCAACGGGAUCGUGGACCCCGCCGUCAUGGGAGGGUUCGCCAAGUACGAGAAGGCCUUCUUCACAGAGGACUACACCAGGGACCACCCCGAGGACCAGGACAAGCUGAGCCGCCUCAAGGACCUGAUCGCGUGGCAGAUCCCCUUCCUGGGAGCUGGGAUUAAGAUCCACGAGAAGCGGGUCUCCGAGAACCUGCGGCCCUUCCACGACCGGAUGGAGGAGUGUUUCAAGAACCUGAAAGUGAAGGUGGAGAAGGAGUAUGGUGUCCGAGAGAUGCCUGACUUUGAGGACAGGCGAGUGGGCCGCCCCCGGUCCAUGCUGCGCUCCUACCGGCAGAUGUCCAUCAUCUCCAUGGCGUCCAUGAACUCUGACUGCAGCACCCCCAGCAAGACCACCUCCGAGAGCUUCGACCUGGAACUGCCACCCCCCAGGGCGCAGAAAGCGGAGCCGGUGGAGCCCAUCUCCCCGCCGGGGAGCACGCUGCCCGAGGUCAAGCUGCGCAGGUCCAAGAAGCGGGCCAAACGGAGCAGCGUGGUGUUUGCCGACGAGAAGGCAGCAGCCGAGUCGGACCUCAAGAGGCUCUCCAGGAAGCACGAGUUCAUGAGUGACACCAACCUCUCGGAGCAUGCGGCCGUCCCCCCCAGGGCCUCCGUCCUCUCUCAGAUGAGUUUUGCCAGCCAGUCCAUGCCCAUCAUCCCAGGUGACGAGUGUUUGAUGCGCGGAUGCUGCGUGCCUCCCCGGCACCCAUUCACUGUCCGGCGAGCCUUCACGCUCUCGGUGGCCGCUGUGCCCGGGACAGAGGAUGGCAGCCGGUCCCCCCGCCUCAGCCAGACCUUCCUUCCUUUCUCGGAAGGCGACAAGCACGACAAAAAGACGCUCAAACGGAAGAAAGUGAACCAGUUCUUCAAGACGAUGCUGGCCAGCAAGUCCUCCGAGGACGGCAAGCAGACCCACGACCUGCCCCCUGACCUGUGAGACGUGCCCGCCCGCCCGGGGCUGAGCUGGGCCGGAGAGGAGCUUCCGGAAGAAGCGAGCUCGGGACACGGAUGCCUCAGGAGCAGGGAGACCUGAUGGGCCUUCACUCAGACAGGGAGGGCGGCUGACCCGGCCCAGAGCUUCUGGUGACAGACGCCGGCGGGGGGUGGGGAAGGGUGAGGACACCACGGUCCGCUGCCUCUCCGUUCCGCCCUCCAGCAUCCCGGGCACAUCUUUCCACAGCCCGGCUCGCGGGUGCAGGAGCCGUGGUCCUGGCUCAUUUCUAAGCCCGCGUCCUUCAUAGAAAAGCCUUUUAAAUACGCUUUUAUUUUAUUUUUCGUUAACAGUUUUGUACUUGACAUUUUUUAAUGACAACACCCAGUCUUUUUUCUAGCUGAUCGUCUCCGAAGUGUUGCUAUUUCUUUCUGGCAAUAAAAGUGGUUCCGUUGCGUA